GCGGCGGCCGGGGAAGAUGGUGGAGGACGGCGCGGAGGAGCUGGAGGACCUGGUGCACUUCUCCGUGUCCGAGUUGCCUAGUCGCGGCUACGGCGUCAUGGAGGAGAUCCGGCGGCAAGGCAAGCUGUGCGACGUGACGCUCAAGAUUGGGGACCACAAAUUCAGUGCCCACCGGAUCGUCCUAGCGGCCUCAAUCCCGUACUUCCACGCUAUGUUUACAAAUGACAUGAUGGAGUGCAAGCAGGAUGAGAUUGUAAUGCAAGGAAUGGACCCAAGCGCCCUGGAGGCUCUGAUCAACUUUGCUUACAACGGCCACCUUGCCAUUGACCAACAAAAUGUGCAGUCGUUGCUGAUGGGGGCGAGCUUCCUGCAGCUGCAGAGCAUCAAAGACGCCUGCUGCACAUUCCUCCGAGAACGCCUCCACCCCAAAAAUUGCCUGGGUGUACGCCAGUUUGCUGAGACGAUGAUGUGCGCGGUGCUGUACGACGCGGCCAACAGCUUCAUCCACCAGCACUUUGUGGAGGUGUCCAUGUCAGAAGAAUUCCUGGCCCUGCCCUUGGAAGACGUGCUUGAGCUGGUGUCUCGGGAUGAGCUGAACGUAAAAUCUGAGGAGCAGGUCUUUGAAGCUGCGUUGGCCUGGGUCAGAUACGACCGGGAGCAGAGGGGGCCCUGCUUGCCUGAGCUGCUGUCCAAUAUCCGCCUACCCCUCUGCCGGCCCCAGUUCCUGUCAGACCGUGUACAGCAGGAUGACAUGGUGCGUUGCUGCCACAAAUGCAGGGACCUGGUAGACGAAGCAAAGGACUAUCACCUCAUGCCAGAGCGCCGGCCCCACCUGCCGGCUUUCAGAACUAGGCCUCGCUGCUGCACAUCCAUUACUGGCCUUAUCUACGCCGUGGGGGGCCUCAACUCAGCAGGUGAUUCCCUGAAUGUGGUAGAAGUAUUCGACCCCAUCGCCAACCGCUGGGAGAAGUGCCAUCCCAUGACAACAGCCCGCAGCCGUGUCGGUGUGGCUGUGGUGAACGGGCUUCUGUAUGCCAUCGGAGGGUAUGACGGCCAGCUACGGCUGAGCACUGUGGAGGUCUACAACCCAGAGACGGACACAUGGACCAGAGUGGGGAGCAUGAAUAGCAAGAGAAGUGCCAUGGGGACGGUCGUGCUGGAUGGGCAGAUCUACGUCUGUGGGGGCUACGAUGGCAACUCUUCUCUCAACUCUGUGGAGACCUACUCACCCGAGACAGACAAGUGGACGGUGGUGACCCCGAUGAGCUCAAGUCGCAGUGCUGCUGGGGUGACGGUGUUUGAGGGCAGGAUAUAUGUGUCGGGUGGCCACGACGGUCUGCAGAUCUUCAACAGUGUGGAACACUACAACCACCACACAGCCACCUGGCAUCCAGCGGCCAGCAUGCUCAACAAGCGUUGCCGGCAUGGAGCCGCGUCCCUGGGAAGCAAGAUGUUCGUCUGUGGGGGCUACGACGGCUCGGGCUUCCUCAGUAUCGCUGAGGUGUACAGCUCCGUGGCAGACCAGUGGUGCCUGAUCGUCCCCAUGCACACGCGCCGGAGUCGGGUCUCCCUGGUGGCCAGCUGUGGGCGUCUCUACGCUGUCGGGGGCUAUGAUGGACAGUCAAACCUGAGCUCGGUGGAGAUGUAUGACCCGGAGACGGACCGCUGGACAUUUAUGGCCCCCAUGGCGUGUCACGAGGGAGGGGUUGGCGUGGGCUGCAUCCCCCUCCUCACCAUCUAA